AUGGGUAGUUCCGGUACCCAGACAUGGCUCGACAAGCUCUCUGAGCAAUUGAACAUCGAUGUAGACUGGAUGGACCCAGCAUACACUCUGAGCAUGCCCAUUGUCCCCCAUGACAUGACAAGCAACCAGGGCUGGGUCCACGAGCAGAUGUGCAAUCCUGUCAAUGAGGAGCUCUUCAAGAGUGUUGUCAAAGAAUACAAAGACAAGGGCUGGCUGGCCAUCUACACGCGCAUGGCAGUCUUGAUGUCUAAGGCAAACAUCGACAACAUCCAAGGUCGGGUCUUGCUUCAGACCCUACCAUCCUACGCUUACAACCAUGAGAAGACCCUAGAGCACGCCCGUGCUUACGCUCGUGAGUUCGAGAGCGUGGGUAUCUCCAAGGAUCGUUUCUGCAUCAAGAUCCCUAGCACUGGUCCAGCACUGAGCACAUGCCCAAUUCUUCUUGAAGAGGGCAUUCGGACCCUGGGUACUACACUCUUCAGCGUGCACCAGGCCAUUGCAGCAAGCCAGGGAGGAUGCUUGUACGUCAGCCCAUACUACAAUGAGGUUCGAGCUCACGAUGAACGCGAAAUUUGGCCCAAGUCCGAGGACCCAGCGUUGCUGCAUCCAAUGUCGUCGCGUCUUAUUCAGAUUCUUGAAACAUAUAAGCGUCUUUACAAGGAGACCGGCAAAGAACAGCCUUUUCUCAAGAACGCUAGUUUCAUCUCCCCACAAGAGGCGAUGGCGGCGGGUGAGAUCGGAUGCCACUCGGCUACAAUCUCUCACAUGGUGCUCACAGAGCUCGCAAAUCUUCCAUACGACGGAUCCAAGCAGCCUGGUGAGGGUGUGCCCAAGCCAGCUCAUCCGUACUUGAACGCUUUGCCGACUCCAACCCGUCUCGCGAAGAUUGCGCAGCUCGAUGCUCUUGCAAAUGCGAGCUGGGAUGGUAAAUUGGCAAGCACAGAGAUAGAUUAUCUCGCAAAUAUGGGCGCUGAGCUGGAUAAGGCAAAUGAGGCGGAUGCAGUCACUAAGCAGCGACUUCGUGAAGCCCUUGCGUUGUUUGUUGCAGCAGAAAAGAGAAGCCAGGCAAAGAUUGAGGAGGCUAUGAAGCCGGUCUAG